AUACACACACAGCCGCGGCUGGACAUGCACACCCAGUGCCGGCUCCGGGCGCGUACACACGCAGCACCUCCGCCCCUCCUCCGGCUCGUCUCUGGCCGCAGUGGCGAAGACAGAGGGGCCCCGGACGCCGCGCACUCGCGGGCUCACGCUCCCAGGAGCGCGCCGAGAGGAGCGCCGCGGCGCAGGAAACUUGGGCGAAGUUAGUUACAAGUGCUGGGCGGCUGCCGAGAAGAGCGAGGCGGGGACGCGGCCGGUGCCAGGCCUGCGGCGCCGCGUAGAGGCUGCGCUGCCCUCCGCGGCCGGCGAGCUCCGGGAGCCCUAAGUCGGCAGGCGCGUCUGAAGGGGCUAGGAGCGAGCGGAGCUGACAUGGCCCGGGGGACGGUCGGACGCGGCUCCUCGGCGAGCCGGGAGAAUUUCCUCUGAGGCCGGGCGACUCACGCUUGCUCAAGCCUUAUCCAUCCUCCUUCCUCGCCCCACCCGUCAGUCCAGCAGCGGGAGAGGAACACUCGAGAGGCAGGUGCUGGGGGGGGACAGCUCCCCCCCCGGCCAAAAAAAAAAAAAACAGCCAGCCGAUUGGGGGUUUCCCAUCGGCGCACCCUGCCCGGAGCCUAGAAGACAGGCUGGUGCUGCUGUAUUUGUACUUAUAUCCAUUGCUGCGCUCUGCGUUCUCGUGGCACGCCUGGACGCUCCUCCGCCUCCCCCUCCUCUUCCUCCUCCAGGGCCACCUCCCCGCCUUCCCCACCCCCACUGCUUCUGUCAAAUGAGAAAGUCACCGAGGAGAACCCAAACACUCGAGCCGCUAAGAGCCCCCUUUGGCACUUGGCAGCACGCGGCGGCGGGCUCCUCGGCUCAACUUGGUGGAGUCUCCGCGACGCAACUUUGGGGGACGCUUUGCAUUUAAGAGAGAACGGCCGAGGAGGAGGAGCGCUCUGCCCGGCCGCCGCUACCUGCAGGAGCUCACCAGCAAACACCACUGGAGACGAAGGACCCAAAGAACUUAAAGGGCCAACUGCCGCCGCGGGAAGGGGGCACCGCAGAGAAGUUAGAGUGUCCCAGAGACAACCUGCCCGAGCGCUCGGACGGAGACACCAGGGCGGCCCGGGGCGCGGCGUGGCCCUGGGCUGGUCCUCCAGCCCCCUCCUCCGGGCCGGGAGCGACGCCGGGACGCGACGUGGGGCGCGGCGAGUCCCGGCCGGCCGAGCGGGUCCCCGCGGGCAGCCAACAUUGAUUUCCUCCGGGCCGAGGGCGAGGGCCCGGGCGGCGGCGGGCUGCAGCCGCGGCAGGGCGAGAGCAUGUCCAAGCCAGUGGACCACGUCAAGCGGCCCAUGAACGCCUUCAUGGUGUGGUCGCGGGCUCAGCGGCGCAAGAUGGCCCAGGAGAACCCCAAGAUGCACAACUCGGAGAUCAGCAAGCGCUUGGGCGCUGAGUGGAAACUGCUCACGGAGUCGGAGAAGCGGCCGUUCAUCGACGAGGCCAAGCGUCUGCGCGCCAUGCACAUGAAGGAGCACCCCGACUACAAGUACCGGCCGCGGCGCAAGCCCAAGACGCUGCUCAAGAAGGACAAGUUCGCCUUCCCGGUGCCCUACGGCCUGGGCGGCGUGGCAGACACCGAGCACCCUGCGCUCAAGGCGGGCGCCGGGCUGCACGCGGGGGCGGCCGGCGGCCUGGUGCCGGAGUCGCUGCUCGCCAAUCCCGAGAAGGCGGCCGCAGCUGCGGCUGCCGCCGCCGCGCGCGUCUUCUUCCCGCAGUCGGCCGCCGCCGCCGCCGCCGCCGCCGCCGCCGCCGCUGCGGGCAGCCCCUACUCGCUGCUGGACUUGGGCUCCAAGAUGGCAGAGAUCUCGUCGUCCUCGUCCGGUCUCCCGUACGCGUCGUCGCUGGGCUACCCGACCGCGGGCGCGGGUGCCUUCCACGGCGCGGCGGCGGCGGCUGCAGCGGCGGCCGCGGCCGCCGGGGGGCACACGCACUCGCACCCCAGCCCGGGCAACCCGGGCUACAUGAUCCCGUGCAACUGCAGCGCGUGGCCCAGCCCCGGGCUGCAGCCGCCGCUCGCCUACAUCCUGCUGCCCGGCAUGGGCAAGCCCCAGCUGGACCCCUACCCCGCGGCCUACGCUGCCGCGCUAUGACCCCGCGGGGCCGCCUCGCGAGGACCGGUGUGCACACAUGUACAUAUGUAUAGGUACGAGCGGCUGCGGCCUCCCCGUGCGCCCUCCCGCGACCGGGGACCCGGUUUGUAUGUACAUAGAAUGUAUAGGUGCCAGGCAGAGGCAGAGAGGCCAGGCGGGACAGGAGUGGCCGAGCGCGCGAGGGCGCGGGCCUGUGAAUUCGCAGGAUCAUUUCAGACCUGCACUUCGGCAGCCAACUCGAAAGCGGGCGGUUGUGUCCGGCAGCAGUUGGUGUUUGCUUUGCACUUCGGAACCUGUUGCGUUUUGACCCACGGAGGCGGGGGAGUAACUUUUAGACAUGUUGGCCUUUCCCAGUUUUGUUGAAAGUUUCAUGGUCGGUUGUUUUUGUUUCUCAUUCUCCUUCCUCGCCUCUCAGCCCCCCAACCCCCAACCCCUUCCCGGUCCGUGUUGCAUGCACUCUGUUCAAAUGUGAGGUCUGAAAUGGCUGGCACAUGGGAAAAGCUGCUUGUGUCAUUCGUUUCUGGGAGUGGGAUGGCUCUGAGUAGCCUUGCCGCCCUGUUUGUACUAUUUGAACUUUGCAGAUCCUCUGUUCUCUCAAGCAGAACUCCCAGACCGGAUCCAUUCUUGACCAGUGACCGGCUCGAAUCUGGCCUUUUGUGUGAGAUGAUCACAGUUUCUUUUGUUUAUCACGCCAUAUGCAAAUCAGAGCAAGAGCUCUUUCUCAAGAGCAAGAAACGCAAGCAAGAAAUAUUUGUGAGAUGAAAGUUGUCAAUUGGAUUUUCUUCCUAAACAAACAACCAACUACUAGAAGUCUCCCUGAGUCCACUCGCUUGGAUUUCUGACACAGUUUACAAAAAAGAAAAAAGGCACUGUUCCUAUUUUCCCCUUAUGGCUGAGUUCACCUUAAGAUUGUAAAUGUGUAUAUGUCAGUGAAAACAUUGAGGCUUGGAAAAUGUGUUAUUUUCGUUGCCCUAAGUUUGAGUCGGUUUUAGACUCAAAAACAUUUGGAGCGAAUAUCAAAGUUAACUUUUAAAAAUUGCGAAACUAUUUCAGAAUCGCAAUUUUAUCGAAGAUUAAAUCAGACUUUUUUGUCUGGUAAUUAUAUAUUUAUUUAGCAAAACUGAAGAAAAAAAGCACAGAAUUGUUUCAACAGAUGUCUCUCAUUUUCAGCUAGCAUUUCUCUCCCAAGUUGAGCUGGUUUAAUGUGUUUUGGAUUUCCCUCAAUUGGCUUAUUUUUUAGAUCACCUGCAAUUCGUUUGCAAAUUACGGUAAAACACAUUUUAGAAAAAAGAAACCUUGAAUUAUUAGCUUUUUUGUUUCUUUUUAAAUGUAUAUAUUUUGACUAAUGUUUGUGAAUGAAGUUGGCUAACAUGUAUUUAGUUUCAUUUUGGCUUUAUGUAAUAUAAAGUUUUUAAAAUUUUAAAUAUGGUUUUAACCUUUAAGUGUAAAUGAUUUUCUUGUGUGAUCUUCUAAUUUAAUAUUAGACGUCUAAGGUAUAUCUGUAAAUUAGAAUCCGACUAUCACUCUGUUCAUUUUUUUUGAACAAAGAGUUUAAAUAAAGCCUGAACCAGGGAAAAGA